AGUUCCUGUGGGCUCCUGCAGCCGUGAGCAAGAGCAGCUCUGACCCCAUCAACUUAGUGGUGGUACAUUAGUCCUUUUUGUUCAUGGUAAUGUGUUGAAAAGACGAGUUUAUUGUGAGGCAGCGAGUUAAAUGUCUCUCCUCGCAGCUGUGUCAUUAACGUGUUGAGUUAACUAAGUUGGGAAGAAGCAAACCUCGGAUGAUGUUAGCUUAGCUAGCGUCAAUUGUCAAAAGGUAACGCCGAGUCAACAGCAGCUCCAACACGGGUGGCAUCGCUCUUUUUACCGACUUCACAGUCAGCCCUUCACAUUUCCCCACUUCCUCUUUCUCCGAGCGUGACGGUUUCAUUACCGAAGUCCGUGUUUGUCUCCGUGUGUGUUCACACGGAAGUGGGAGCUAGCCCGGCUGCUCGCGUGCAGCAUCAACAGUCCCCAAGUUAAAAAUGAACAUCCUUCCGAAGAAGAGCUGGCAUGUCCGCAACAAAGACAACGUCGCUCGCGUGCGGAAGGACGAGGCCCAGGCUGCCGAGGAGGAGCGCGAGGCGCAGCGUCGCGUGGAGCGCGCGGAGCAAGAGGCUCGUACAGAGUAUCUGAGAAGAAAAUCCAGAGCUGCUCUCCCUUCAGCAGGAGAAAAGAGGGAAGAUGAUGAAGAUGAACAACGGAGUGGAGGAAGUGGAGUUCUGGAGCAUCUUAAUCUUUUUCCCCUCCAAGAUUCCUCAGAGAAGAAGGGGAAUGAGGAGUAUCUCAAAGAAAAGAAAGAUGAAACGGAGAAGCAGGAACGAGCUAUCGGCUUGCUGGUGUCUCUCGGACCCCAACCAGGGUCUGAAGUCACUCCGUGGUACAUGAAAACCGGCAAGGAAAUAGAAGAGAGUAAAGAAAAAGAGGAGAAAAAAGAAAAAGAAAAGAAGAAGGGAAUAAGUGAAGAGGAAAAAGAGAAGCGAGAUCGCAGAUUGAAGGAUAGUUUAGACCCAUUGAAAGAAAUGAGGAAAGCACUGGCGGUAAAGGACAGAAAAUACCGUAAUGGCAAGAAAAUGGAAAAAAGAGACAAAUGGGUGAAGAGGAGCAGUGGAGAGAGCUCCAUAGAAAGGUUACGUGCUGAGCGCUUGGAGAGGGAGGCUGAAGAAAGGAGGAGGACCAAGGCCCUGCUCGACCAGAGGAACGGCAAAGGGAAGGAGUCGGGGAAGGACACAAACGAGAGGGAGAGGCCGUACAACAGUGCUUAUUUUCCAGAACUUGCUCGAAAGCGUCAAAGGCGAGAUCGAGAUAGCUGGAGAGAUGAAAUAUUAAAAUCAUGAGCUGUGUUUAUUGGUCUAGUGUGAUGCGUGCUGGAUGGUUAGUGGACAAAUAUUGACUCUAGUUUUGUGAAGCAAAGGAAAGUAGGUUUGGAGCCACACUGAGAACAUGUAAAGGGGCAGCUUGGCACUUUUCAUUUAUUCUCGUUCACCCAGAAAGUCAGAGGUCAGUUAAAGUUGCCUUUGUAAAUGCAGCGUUUCGCUCGUGAUCCCGUCAGCAGGGCAGAUGGUUGUCAUCACAAAGGAUUGAAGCUCUAUCGGCAAAUAAAACACAUAUGAACAACUGGUAGAAUUGUUUACACUCUCGCUAUAAUUCCAAGAGAUUUUAGGAUGAUAGAAAAUCUGCAAACACUGAGUGAAGAAGUCGUUAAGUAAAGAAAGAAAAACGAGAACAGAGCUGAAACAAUUAUUGUUAUCAAUAAGUUAUCAAUUAGUUAAUUGGCAGGAAAUAUAUAAUUUCACUCUUAUCAAGCUGAAUUUCCAACAAUUUUCUAGUUCCAAUUCUUCUUCCUCAUAUAUUACUUUAAGAUUAAUUUAUUUGUUUUUUUAAAACUUUUGGUAGGAUAAAACAAAAAAUACACCCUUUUCCCCAAAGUUGUACAUUUGUAUAUUUUACUUUUAAAGUGUCCACAUACCCAGUCGAAAUGUCACAGCAGGAAAAACACAGGUAAAAAAUAAAUAAAAAUAAUGCCGAAAUUCUAUUUAGUCCUAGUAUUAUUUAUUAGUAUUUAGCUUGCUGGCUCACUGUCUGUCACGACCAACUGGGACAGAAGAUGGAACGACGUCAUUAUACAUUUUAUUAGUAAUACCUGUGCAAUUUUUUUUCUGAAAUCAAAAUGUCUGAUAUUAACUUGUUUUUUUAAUCCCUGUAAAUGAUUUUACAUGUUAGGUAGGUACUGAUAAAUUGUAUUGGUUGACACUAAAUUAUUUAUUUUACUUCAAUCUUCAAAUUGGACAUUAAGUUAAAUCAAUGCUUUCAACAAAAAACAAACAUUUAUUGCACGUCUGUUUUAAACUGCAUUACUUUUGUGUUUCACAUAAACUUGCAACUGACUAAAUUAUC